AUGGCACAUUUUAUUCAUCAUAGUAUUGAAGCCCCUGAAUCCGUAGAAUUUGAAGCACACUCAAACGUCCAGCUACCUGUCCAGAAGGAACAAAAUGAAGCUGUAACAGCAAUAGAAGCAUCUGGUUAUGUAGCCUAUGUUGUUGUUGUUUUUUUGUUGUGGGACAUGUUCACUAGAAAUAAGUUUUGUGGGCUUGCUUCUAUGAAUCUCUAUUUCAUUCUUGGAAACAGGAACAAAGCAAAUUUACAUAGCAGGACCAUGGCGUUUGUAGCCGAAUCGCGCAAUUCAUUGUAUUAUCUCCGGAGGGGUAAUAAUUUUUCUAGCUUACAACUUGACAAGCAUGGAUAUAUUGUUUAUUACAUUCAUAAGGAUGAGCUGGUGAUCUUCACAAGCAAGUGCUCUGCUGGACAAAUGACCAAAUUGGCCACGAAAAUUACACCAUUUUCACAAGGCAUCUACGGGCCUUUUCUUUUCCCUACAUCUUCUUUUGCUAAGCUUUUCAAUGCUCGCAUAUACGGUGCAUCUUUGCAGUUCACUGUAACGAGACUUGUGCUUGUUAUUCAGCAGCAAAACUACCUGUUUUUUUCCCCAUGUUUCAACAAACCUGCUUCCCAAAUAAAUGAUUGGGCAUAUCAUUAG